AUGAACGGCACUCAACAGGUUCAAGAGCCAGUUGCGCAACAGCCUCUGCAGCCCGCAACUGCCAACGCCAAUGCCAACAACAAUGCGAAUGGCAACUCGACAGCGGGCAAGAAGCGCAAGAAGGAGGGCUUGAAGCCUAUCAUUACAACCGAGACUCCUCCGUAA